AGACAAAAAUGGGAAAACAAAAACUACUAAAACUCUACUGCAAAGCGCUAUAUAUGAACGCGUAUGGGCUUGGCCUGAGCAGGAAAACCAGGCCCCAGAAAAGAUGGAGCACGAGGUCUGGUUGCUCUGGGCAACGCUCGCCGGCGUCGUCUCGCUCCUCUACUACCUGGCCAUCCUCAGCCGCCGUCGAGGCUCCGGCCGGCUGCCGCCGGGCCCCCGGCCGCUCCCGAUCAUUGGCAACGCGCUCGACCUGCGAGGCAACCUCCACCACGCGCUCGCGCGGCUGGCGCGCACCCACGGCCCCGUCAUGCGCCUCCAGCUCGGCCCCGUCCCGGCCGUGGCCCUCUCCUCCCGAGACGCCGCGAGGGAGGCCUUCACCAGGCACGACCGGCGCCUCACGGGCCGCUACACCGUCGACGCCGUCCACGCGCUCGGGUGGGCCGACCGCUCCCUGGUCAACAUGGCCAGCUCGGACCCGCUGUGGAAGCUGCAGCGCGGCAUCCUGGCGGCGCACGUCUUCUCGUCGCGGAGCCUCGCGGCGGCGCGCGGCGUCCGGGAGCGCAAGGUGCGGGACCUGGUCGCACACCUCCGCGCGCGCGCCGGGCGGGAGGUGGACGUCGGCAGGGCGCUGUACGGCGGCAUGAUCAACCUCGUGUCGAGCACCUUCUUCUCCGUCGACGUGGUGGACGUUGACGCCACCGGCGAAUCGGCGCACGGGAUGCGGGAGCACGUGGAGAACAUAGCCGACCUGAUGACGAAGCCCAACGUCUCCGACCUCCUCCCCUUCCUGCGGCGGCUCGACUUGCAGGGGCGGCGCCGCGCGGCGGCCUGGCACCUGGGGGAGAUCUACCGCAUCUUGGACGGCAUAAUCGAGCGCAGGCUGGCCGAGAACGCCGACGGCAGGCACGGCGACGACUUCCUCCAGGUGCUCCUGGAUCUCAUGUCCACGGGCAAGAUCGACCGCGACACCGUGAAGGCCAUCGUGUUCGAGAUCUUCUUCACCGGCGGCGACACGAUCACGAUCACGGUGGAGUGGGCGAUGGCCGAGCUGCUCCGCAACCCGAGCACCAUGGCCAGGUUGCGCGCGGAGAUCGCCGGAGCUCUGGGCGGCAAGGAGACCAUCGAGGAGCCGGACGUGGCGGGCCUGCCGUACCUCCAGGCCGUGUUCAAGGAAUCCAUGCGGCUGCACCCGGUGGCGCCGCUGCUGGUGCCCCACAAGGCCGUGGAGGACGGCGUCGAGGUCUGCGGCUACGCCGUGCCCAAGGGCUGCACGGUCUUCGUCAACGUGUGGGCGAUCAUGCGGGACACGGCGGUGUGGGACGAGCCGGACAGGUUCAUGCCGGAGCGCUUCUUGGGCAAGGCGGCGGAGGUGGACUACAAGGGGAAGGAAUUCGAGUUCUUCCCGUUCGGGUAUGGACGGAGGCAGUGCCCCGGUAUGCCCAUGGCGGAGCGCGUCGUGCCACACCUGCUGGCGUCGCUGCUGCACGCGUUCGAGUGGAGGUUGCCAGAGGGCAUGGCGGCCGAGCAGGUGGACGUCAGCGAAAGGUUUACAACUGGCAAUGUCCUGGCCGUCCCUCUCAAGGCCGUGCCCGUCGCAAUUACCUAGCAGGCACCAAAUAAGGUAUAUUGUACUGCAAUUGGUGUCCGUUGUUGCAGCGAAAUGUUUCUUGUUUCUAGCGUAUGAUUGAUGCUCGAUAGUGAAAUUUCCUGAAAGUAUGGAGGUGAUUGCAUUACUUGUAUCAUUUUAUGUAUAACUAGUGGACGUGCACGAGCGGUGGGAAGAUAUGUAAAUCAACGACAUACACGAGCUAUGUAAAUCAUGUUGGAAGAUUUUGAUCAGUUUGAUGAACUUUCUCCAUUCUCA